ACUCUAAAGUUGCUGGUGCUUGUGGUGAAAUAGUUGCCAUGAAAGGCAAAGGCUGGAAUAAACUAUUGAUUCCAAUCGUGGCAGCCCAAAACUUUGAAUAUAAAAUGUCUAACAUUUUGGAUAAGCCAUUUGAAUCAGUGUUUGGGUAUAUUACUGUUUUACCCGGAGCUUUUUCCGCCUAUAGGUAUAUUGCUCUCCAAAAUACUAAAAAUGAGAACGGAGAGGAGGAAGGUCCUCUAGCAUCGUAUUUUAAAGGUGAAAUUAAUGAUGAAAAAAAAGUUGAUAAAAAAGAAGAAAGCAUAUUUACUGCUAACAUGUAUCUUGCUGAAGAUCGUAUUCUUUGUUUUGAAUUGGUUGCAAAACGUGACAGCUCUUGGUUAUUGCAUUAUGUUAAGUCAUCCCAAGCCGAAACAGAUGUGCCUGAAGAUAUUGCUGGACUGAUUACUUCAUUGGGUCCCAAUGCAGAUUUAAAGUCUACUGCUACUGUAAAUGCUAUUCUUAAGAAUACUACUUUUAAUGUAUCAAAGUUACAGAAAGCUGUCAAUGUUGUGUCUAGUUCGGGAAAGCCUACAGUCGAAGUUACAGUGCCUGAAGAUGUUAACGAUGUAUAUAAACAAGCACUUGAUGCAGUAAGGCAACCAAAGGUUGAUGAUGUAUCGAUUGCUACACCAUCACAAAAAAAAGAAGAUUCUAGAAAAUC